UGUUCAUGGAUGAGAGAGGUUCGGAAGGCCCUCCUGCACUUCAUCGAGAUGCUGGGCCGGCAUGACUACUUGGCCAUGCCCCAGGGGAAUAUCAUCAUCAACUAUGUCAUCAAGCUCAGCGAGUCUGCCAGCUCUAAUGAAGAGGACAUCCAACGAAUGUGUUCUGAAAUCCUACAGAUGGUGUCCUUGCCCAAACUGAUCACCUUGGCAUGCCAGCCCAGCAACACCUUGGUCUUCGUGCUGCUGAGUAAGAUAGCCACAGACAUGGCUCUGAAGGCCCGGUCCCUGGGCCAGGUUCCCUAUCUAAGCAGCUUCCUCCUCAGCCCUACCCAGUUCAUCUCCCCACAGAAACUUCUGACCCAUCUUGUGGUGUUUGCCCUGAAGUCCUAUAGAGAAAGGGAGCUUGGGAUAAGCUCUCUAAGGCUACUACAUGCCCUGCAUCCUAUCACCUCCUUGGACCCUGUUAUCAACUCAAAUGUGGGCCAGCUGUGGAUGAAGGAGAUCCCCCAGAUGUUGCAGAUUCUGGAUGAUCACACUGAGAAGAAUCUGGAUCAGGAGGAGUGGGAGGACAGGCUGCUCCAGUUUUCAAGUCAGUCGUUAGUGGCCAUCAAUAAUGACAGCUGGCUGGAGCAACUCAUCAAGGUUGUCUUGGAGAGGAUAAAUUAUUUCAGCGAUGGUGAGGAGAAGGAUUUCCUGUAUAAAUUCUUUGGAUUUACCUUGCGGACCUCAAGGAAUAUGAAACUGGUGAAGACGAUGCUUUCCUCUAUCUUACAAAGUGUCCAUGAAGACCUGCAGGACAGGGAGGUGAGGUGGAGGAACUGA